UUCACUCGCUCAUUCGCCUCCUCCUCCCCCAAAACCCUUCUCGAAGCGGCCGGAGCGAGGGAAAGGAAGCGAGACCCUUCCCCCUCGAACCUAGCUAGGUCACCACGCCGCCGCCGCCUCCCCGGAUCUCCCUCCGGUCGCUCCCGCCCUCUCUCAUCGGUGAUGGAGAGGGUGCUCAAGGAUGACGCCGUCGAGGAGAAGGGCGAGCGCGCCAGGAUGGCGUCUUUUGUUGGUGCCAUGGCGAUUGCAGACUUGGUCAAGACCACAUUAGGACCAAAAGGAAUGGACAAGAUCCUGCAGUCAACUGGCAGAGGCCGGAGUAUUACAGUUACAAAUGAUGGGGCUACCAUUUUGAAGUCUCUUCACAUUGACAAUCCUGCUGCAAAGGUCCUUGUUGACAUAUCGAAAGUUCAAGAUGAUGAAGUUGGUGAUGGGACAACUUCUGUCGUAGUUUUGGCUGGAGAACUUUUGAGAGAAGCUGAGAAGUUGGUUAACAUGAAAAUUCAUCCAAUGACUAUUAUUGCAGGUUUCAGAAUGGCUGUUGAGUGUGCUAGAAAUGCUUUGCUACAAAGGACCAUGGACAAUAAAGAAAAUACAGAUAAGUUCAGAUCUGAUCUCAUGAAUAUUGCUAUGACUACCCUUAGUUCAAAAAUCCUUUCCCAGGAUAAGGAGUACUUCGCUGAACUUGCAGUUGAUGCUGUCCUAAGGCUUAAGGGUAGCACCAACUUGGAAUCCAUUCAAAUUCUGAAGAAACCUGGAGGAUCUCUUAAGGACUCCUUUUUGGAUGAAGGGUUCAUUCUUGACAAGAAAAUUGGCAUUGGGCAACCGAAGCGAAUUGAGAAUGCCAAAAUUUUGGUUGCAAACACUGCUAUGGACACAGAUAAAGUUAAGAUCUAUGGGGCACGUGUCCGAGUGGAUUCAAUGUCUAAGGUUGCAGAAAUUGAAGCUGCUGAAAAGCAGAAAAUGAGAGAGAAAGUUCAGAAGAUCAUAGCUCAUGGGAUCAACUGUUUCAUCAACAGGCAGUUGAUCUAUAAUUUCCCUGAAGAACUUUUUGCUGAUGCUGGCAUACUCGCAAUUGAGCAUGCUGACUUUGAGGGCAUUGAACGGCUUGCUCUUGUCACUGGUGGUGAGAUUGCAUCAACCUUUGAUAAUCCAGAGUCUGUUAAGCUUGGGCACUGCAAGGUCAUUGAAGAGAUUAUGAUUGGGGAGGACAGGCUGAUUCAUUUCUCUGGGGUCGAGAUGGGGCAGGCUUGCACUAUUGUCCUGAGGGGAGCAAGUGAGCAUGUGCUUGAUGAGGCUGAGAGGUCCUUGCAUGAUGCCCUAUGUGUGCUGUCUCAGACAGUAAAUGACACCCGUGUCUUGUUUGGGGGUGGAUGGCCUGAGAUGGUGAUGGCCAAAGAGGUGGAUGAACUUGCAAGGAAGACCCCUGGGAAGAAAUCUCAUGCUAUCGAUGCUUUCUCCCGUGCCCUGCAAGCCAUCCCAACGAUCGUAGCUGACAAUGCUGGCCUGGAUAGUGCUGAGCUGAUCUCUCAGCUCCGAGCUGAGCACCACAAGGAGAACAGCACUGCUGGAAUUGAUGUCAUCACUGGCGGCGUUGGAGACAUGCAAAAGCUGGGGAUAUCAGAGUCGUUCAAGGUGAAGCAAGCGAUCCUACUAUCUGCGACAGAGGCGGCGGAGAUGAUUCUCAGGGUUGAUGAGAUUAUAACCUGUGCCCCACGCAGAAGAGAGGAUAGGAUGUGAUCAUUUAUCAGUGUAGGGGGACGCAUGUUACCCUAGUUUUGGGGGUACUAUGGUUAACGGUCACGGGUGUUCAAGUUUAUCACAUUUUCGAGUGUUUUUGGUCCCUAAACAACUGGGAUUUGUUAUUUGAGGAACAAACAUAUGUUGAAACAAUUUAUCUAGGCUCUAGGCUUUUCUACAUUCUCAUGAUGUAUCCUUUGGUAGCAGAUUAUGAUGUGCUUGUCUUUUUUUUUUGUCAAUUUACGAUUGCUUGUCUUGUUUA